AUGCUUCUCUCUAGUGGAAUCAUCAUUAAUGGGGGCAACACGUGGUUCUCGUUAAAUAAGAAUGGGAAGCAUUGUGAAAUGAUAUCAGCCGAAUGUUUUGGUGUUUCAUUCGUUGAACCUCCUCAUGAUUAUGUUCCAUAUGAUGGUAAAAAUAAAUCAAGAUUUCAAGUGUGCAACCGAAGAGGUUUAUUUGGAAAUUUCACCGCACAUGUGACAACACAAUUUUUGUCACCAAAUAUCAUAUACAAAGUAAACCUUGUGUUUAUGAAUGUACUCAAAAGGCAGGACAAUUUAGGCAUCAAGUUCAAGUCCGGUAGUAAGACAAAGUAUAUGGUUUUGUUUGUAGCACAUGAGAGAGAAGAUGGAUGGUUGACAGCUGAAUUGUAUCAGUUCUUUGUCAACGAGACUGGUAAUGUUGACUUUGAAAUUGAGUUCCAUUGCCUAAAUGCGAUUGAAGUAGAAGGCAUUGAGUUUCUUCCCCUGGAGAAACAUAAGUUACUGGAUGUGGAUUUGCAAACAAACACAGAUUGGGGACCUAAAUUGCCAAGUGAUUAUGAAGACAUAAUCAAGUGGUCAAAAAAUUUCAUGUCUUUAUCUCUGGGACUAAGAUCUGAACCACCAGUAGUCAAGUCCGGUGUAGAUCACUUGAAACACUUCCGAGUUUUGGUAGAAGAUGACAAUGAUAAUAAGGAAAUAAUGGCUGAUGGUGUUAGAGUGUGCUCGAUUGUGAAGUUUUUGUCUGAUGAACAUUCCCAAGAAAGGGAAGAAGCUUUCUCGUUGCUCUAUGAGCUCUCAAAAUCAGAGGUUUUGUGUGAAAUAAUUGGUUCUGUUAAUGGCGCAAUCCUUAUUUUAGUUGGAAUGACAGACAGCAAUUCAGAAAAUCUUUCAAUUGUUGAGAAGGCUGACAAAAUUUUGAAAAAUCUAGAGAAGAAUGAGAACAACGUGAGGCAAAUGGCUGAAAAUGGAAGAUUGCAACCCCUUUUGACACUUCUUCUUCAAGGUUCCCUUGAGAUCAAAUUACGUAUGGCUUCAUACCUCGGUGAGCUUAGCGACAAUACAAAAGUUUUUGUAGCAAGAACUUCAGGUUCAUCGCUAAUCAACCUCAUGAAAACCGGUGACACGCAAUCAAGAGAAGCCGCGCUCAAAGCUUUAAAUCAAGUCUCCUCUUGUGAAACAAGUGCGAAGGUUUUAGUUGAACAAGGCAUACUUUCACCUCUUAUCCAGGAUCUUUUCUCGGACCUUCCUAUGCGACUAAAAGAAGUAUCCGCAACAAUCCUCGCAAACAUAGUAACCUGCGACUGUGAUUGCUUUUCCAUCACAGUGGGGCCCAACCACCAGACUUUGCUCUCGGAAGACAUACUUCACAACUUACUCCGUUUGAUCAGCAACAGCGGAUCAUCCCUCGAGUAUGAACUUGUACAAGUUCUCAUCGUAAUCACCAAUUCCCCUGUCACCGUGAUUCCAGUCGUGAACGCCGUCAAAAGCUCCGAUGCCACCAUCGUUUUGUUACAGUUGAUCGAAGCUCCACAGAAAGACCUACGCAUGGCUUCGAUAAAACUUCUCCAUAACCUCUCAUUACACAUAAGCCAAGAAUUAGCUAAUUGUCUAUACGGGUCAGCGGGUCAACUCAGUCGCCUAUUUAAAGUAAUAUCAGAAAACAUAGCGAGCACUGAAGAGAAAGCAGCCGCCAUUGGAAUUGUAGCGAACCUUCCAGAACAAGAUAGACUAACUCGCAAAAUGCUGCAUGAAGGCGAUUUUGAGAUCGUUGUUUGUGGAACAAAAAUGAUCACACAAGGAAAAACUAGAAGGAUCCGUUUUAUGGCUAUGUACCUCGAAGGACUUGUAAGUGUCCUAUCGCGGAUUACUUUUGUUUUAUCCGAUGUACGGAAAGCCAUCUCAUUUUGUCGUCACCACGAGCUCGCUGCUUUAUUUUCCAAAUUAGUCCAACAAAACUGGCCCGACAAAGUUCUAAUGGCCUCCGCUCUUGCUUUAGAAACUCUAUCUCGCCAUUCGAAAAACUUAACAAAACUACCUGAGAUCCGACCACCUAAAUUUCACAUGUCGGGUUUGCUCCGUUUAAGUAAAAAACCGGUCAUUUCAGGGCUGUGUAGGGUCCAUCGGGGGGAGUGCACACAACGAGAUACAUUUUGUUUGUUAGAAGGAGAAAGUUUGGCAAGUUUAGUGAACCUGUUAGACCAUAAGAAUGAGAAGGUGGUUAAGGCAUCAUUGGCUGCAUUGUCAACUUUGUUGAAUGAUGGGGUGUAUAUAGAAGAAGGGGUGAGUGUGUUGCGUGAGGCUGAAGGGAUUAAGCCGAUUCUUAAUGUGUUGAUAGAGAAUCAAAAUGAGAGUCUAAGGAGAGGGGCGGUUUGGAUGGUGGAGAGAUUAUUGAGGACAAAGGAUAUAAAGUAUCAAGUGUCGGCAAACCCAAAUGUUAGUACAGCGCUUCUGGAUGCGUUUCAGCAUGGUGAUUAUGAAACAAGACAAAUUGCGGAACGUGCGCUUAAACAUAUAGGUAAGAUACCCAACUUUUACGGGAUCUAUCCUAACAUGGGUUAG